UCGUCUUUCUUGUUCCGGUAAUCUCCAACUUCAGCCGUCGGGGAAAUCCAUACCUGAGUUUUGAUCCCAACCUUGUUAUUGCUCGCAUGAUUUAAGCUCAAAUAGCUGAGUCGUUGUUUGAUAUAUUUGAUCUUCAGUAAAGAAAGAAGUGCACACCAAGUGUUUGAUAAAAUGCCGCAGUAAAGAAGCAGCACUAUAAAAAUGGUCUUUAAGCUGAUCAACACUGCGAACCGUGCGAUGGGUAAGCCAAAUGGCGCCCUGAAGUUGAAUGUGAUGCUGUACCAUGGCUCAGAGGAGUCUCAUGUGGAGACUCUGCCUGCAGAAUGGUAUAGAAAUGCUUUUCCAAAGCUGUCGAAACUGACCCGGUUGCUUAAAGAUGUGGACUUUGUCGAUGGGAGGCUUUUUAAUGUCGCUGAUAGUUCGGUUAUCGUGAAUGCCCGUGUGGAACACAAGAUGGUUGCUUUCAAGUCACUUGCUAGAGUGUUUAUAGGGUCUCCAUUGGUUCAGCAGAAGCUGUGGAACAAUGUGGUGGGGUGGUCCGGCGGUAGAGGAUGUAACCCUUUUGUGUGUUUUAGUAAACCAAGUGAGAGACAGCCCUUGGUUGUGAAAUCAAUGUCUGUAGUGGGUAGCAUUAUGAACAUUACUGCGCAGCAGAGGCAGAAGGUGCGUGUGAAGAUAGCUCCCCAGGUUACUCAGCAUGGUAUAUGGACCGGCGCGCUUGAGGAGAUACUUAAUGGGUUGAAAUGUGAGUUGGAUUGUAUGGAUGGACAGUGCUCGAGCAGAGGGAUGAGGAUUGGUCAGCAGAUAGUUUGUAGCUGUCUGAAGUUUUUGGCUGAUGCAUCAGUUUCAUAUGGUGAUGACUCUGCUUCGUGGAUGCGCCUUUCGACUGCAAAGAUUACUGACUCUUCUAGUUUGCCAAAAUGGGAAGACCUUCUUGAGAUGUUUAAUGAUGUCAUUGAUUGUUUGAAAUAUGACGGGGAGUUGCUGCAUUAUUUGACAAAGGUUGAGGUCAUGAAAGAGGGGCUGUCUCAAAUCAAGGAUGUGUUGGUUGAUAAAAGUAUCGGAUUCAAGGAAGUACGGCAUCAAGAAAGCCUAGUGCAUAAGAAGCUGUCCAAGACAUUGGGUCAUUCAUCCAAGUGUUUGUUCACACUAUUGUUAUAUUAUUUGUAUGGGCAUGUUAGAGAUAUUGAAGUAGACCUAUCUGGUGGGCUGUAUAGCAUUAGUGACAAGAGUCUCUGUUUGUGCAUGGGAAGGAUUGUGACUUCAGAUGAGGAGACGAUGAUUUGGAGUGGGGUGAAGCAGUUGGACAGGGCUCUCGGUCUUUUCAAGUUUGUUUGGGAAACUGCAGGAAUGGAAGGAGGUUUGCAGUUGCAAGGCCAUAUAUGGUGUGUGGGAGCUGAGAACAGAAUACUUACGUAUAGAGGAAACACAUUCUUUGUUCAUGGAAUUCGUGUUUGAAGAACAACUCUUUCUGAAUGUGUUCAGAAGAUACUUACAUGAUUCGGUGAUCAUGCUACAUUCAAGAAUUGAAAUGGGGCAAGCCCACUGAGUACAAAUAGCUUGGUGUAGUUGUAGCAGUAACUGUUCUGAGUUGUUCUUAGACAUUGAGUUUCACAAGUAUAUAUAUGAUUACUGAUAGCACCCAAGUACCAUUCAGAUUAGAACAGAUGCUUUGAUUGGAAGUGGGUACUAGGAGUGACUAGCCACAACACCCUUCAGAAAACUCAGGCCAAGCUGGAUAGAUUAAUGUACUAGCUAUACGAGAAAAAAAAAAGAGUUUCUGGAUGGAUGUAAGUUCUCAUAUUUCUUAGGAGUAGCUUGAUCAGAAAAUCAUGUUCAUGCUAAUGGUUUGUUCUACUAAUGCAUUUGUUAGCUAUGAGAUAAAAUGUAGCAAUUAGCUGUUUGAAGAUCUAUAUAUUGCUGCAGCUUAAUAGGAGUGUUUUGAAUAAUUGGUAGAGUUCGAAAGAAGAUAUGCGUCAAAUUGAGGGUUCCUAAGCGACUACGUGAAGGAAAUGAGAAAGCUUACACACCCCAAGUGGUCUCAAUUGGUCCUCUUCAUCAUGGAAAGAAAGGGCUAGAAUCCAUUGAAGAGCACAAAAUUCUGUAUGUGAG